AUGGGUCGUGUAAUCCGGGCACAGCGUAAGGGAGCAGGAUCCGUUUUCAAGUCCCACACCCAUCAUCGCAAGGGUCCGGCCCGAUUCCGUUCCCUGGACUUUGGUGAGCGCAAUGGCUACCUUAAGGGUGUGGUGACAGAGAUCAUUCACGAUCCUGGACGAGGUGCACCACUUGCCCGAGUCACCUUUCGCCACCCCUUCCGGUACAAGCACCAGAAGGAACUGUUCGUCGCCGCCGAGGGUAUUUACACUGGUCAGUUCCUUUACUGUGGUAAGAAGGCCAAUCUAGUGGUUGGUAAUGUUUUGCCCCUUAGAGCCAUCCCCGAAGGUGCCGUCGUUUGCAACGUCGAGCACCAUGUUGGUGACCGUGGUGUUUUCGCUAGGGCCUCUGGGGACUACGCUAUUGUUAUCUCACACAACCCUGACAAUGGAACCUCUAGGAUUAAGCUUCCUUCAGGAGCCAAGAAGAUUGUGCCCAGUGGCUGUCGUGCCAUGAUUGGCCAAGUUGCUGGAGGAGGACGUACUGAGAAACCACUGUUGAAGGCCGGUAAUGCUUAUCACAAGUUCAGAGUGAAGAGGAACAGCUGGCCUAAGGUUCGUGGUGUUGCUAUGAAUCCCGUGGAGCAUCCCCAUGGUGGUGGUAACCAUCAACAUAUUGGUCAUGCAAGUACUGUUCGUCGGGAUGCACCACCAGGGCAAAAGGUUGGUCUUAUUGCAGCUAGGAGGACUGGUCGUCUACGUGGUCAAGCUGCUGCUACAGCAUCUAAAGCUGAUAAGGCUUAG